GCAGGGACCCGUGCAGAGGGGACAGCCUGGCUCACCGUCCUUCUGGCGGCAUCUGCCACUCGCCUCUCCGCAACCACCAGCGAAGUCAACUUGCUGGACACUUCCACAAUCAUCGGGGACUGGGGCUGGCUCACCUAUCCCUCGCACGGAUGGGACUCCAUCAACGAAGUGGAUGAAUUUUUCAACCCCAUCCACACUUACCAGGUCUGCAACGUCAUGUCCCCCAACCAGAACAACUGGCUGAGGACUAACUGGGUGCAGCGACGGGGGGCCCACCGGGUAUAUGCUGAGAUCAGGUUCACCCUGCGGGACUGCAACAGCAUGCCCGGGGUGCUGGGCACCUGCAAAGAGACCUUCAACCUCUACUACCUCCAGUCGGACCGUGACCUGGGCAGCACCACCCGUGAGAGCCAGUUUGUGAAAAUUGACACCAUCGCGGCAGAUGAGAGCUUCACCAAUGUGGACCUCGGGGUCCGACGACUGAAGCUCAACACGGAGGUCCGUGGCGUGGGGCCGCUCAGCAAGCGGGGGUUCUACCUGGCCUUCCAAGACAUUGGGGCGUGCAUUGCCAUUGUCUCUGUCCGGGUGUACUACAAGAAGUGCCCUGCUAUGGUGAGGAACUUGGCCUCCUUCUCCCAGGCGGUCACUGGCGCGGACUCCUCAUCCCUGGUGGAGGUGCGGGGUGAGUGCGUCAAGCACUCGGAGGAAAGAGACACCCCCAAAAUGUACUGCAGCGCUGAAGGGGAAUGGCUGGUGCCCAUUGGCAAAUGUGUGUGCAGUGCUGGCUACGAGGAGCGGAGGGAUGCAUGCGUGGCCUGCCAACUGGGGUUUUACAAGUCUUCCCCGGGGGAUCAGCUGUGCGCUAAAUGCCCUUCUCACAGUUAUUCUGAUAGCCAGGCUGCACAGGUGUGUCGCUGUGAGAGCAGUUUUUACCGAGCAACUCAGGACCUACCUUCAGCGUUUUGCUCACGGCCUCCUUCAGCUCCCAUGAACCUGCUGUCUAGUGUGAAUGGUACUUCAGUCACCCUGGAAUGGACUCCUCCACUGGACAAAGGGGGCCGCAGCGAUGUUAUGUAUAAUGUACUCUGUCGACGUUGCUCAUGGGACUCGGGCCAGUGUGAAGCGUGUGGUGCCGGGAUCCGCUUCGUUCCCCAGCAGACAAAUUUGGCGCAGGGCUCUCUUGUUGUCACCAAUCUCCUGGCCCAUACCAACUACUCCUUCUGGGUGGAGGCCACCAACGGGGUCUCAGACCUGAGUCUCGAGCCACCAAGAUUCGCCGCUGUCAACAUCACCACAAACCAGGCAGCCCCAUCCCAGGUGCUGGCCAUUCACCAAGAGAACGUGGGUCAGAACAGCGUCACCCUCAUCUGGCAGGAACCGGACCAACCCAACGGCAUCAUUUUGGAAUAUGAGAUCAAAUUCUAUGAAAAGGACAAAGAGAUGCAGAGCUAUUCCACCUUGAAGUCGAAGGGAAACAGCACCACUGUCUCAGGACUCAAGCCUGCCACCCGUUAUGUCUUCCAAGUCCGGGCCCGCACCUCUGCCGGCUGUGGCAAGUUCAGUCAAGCAGUGGAAGUGGAGACGGCCAAAGCAAUAGUUCCUCGCUACGACACCACGACGGUUGUCUGGAUCUGCCUGACGCUUAUCUCCGGCCUGGUCUCCCUGCUCCUGUUUCUAAUCUGCAAGAAGAGGCACUGUGGCUACAGCAAGGCUUUCCAAGACUCUGAUGAGGAGAAAAUGCACUAUCAGAAUGGACAGGUGAAAUUCCCAGAGUCAAAAUUCUACGUAGAGCCGCACACCUACGAGGAUCCCUGCCAAGCUGUUCACGAGUUCACCCGGGAAAUCGAAGCCUCCAGGAUUAAAAUUGAGAGAGUCAUCGGAUGUGGAGAGUCUGGAGAAGUUUGCUACGGGCGUCUGAAGCUUCCAGGGAAGCGGGAACUUCCGGUGGCUGUCAAGACCCUGAAAGCCGGUCACACCGAGAAGCAACGUCGGGAUUUCCUGAGCGAAGCCAGUAUCAUGGCUCAGUUCGACCACCCCAACGUUAUCCGCCUGGAAGGGGUCGUCACCAAAAGCAAAUUAGUCAUGAUUGUCACUGAGUACAUGGAAAACGGAUCACUGGACUCCUUUCUCCGGAAACAUGAUGGGCAAUUCACAGUCCUCCAGCUGGUGGUCAUGCUAAGAGGCAUCAGCGCUGGCAUGCGCUACCUCUCGGACCUGGGCUACGUGCACCGUGACUUGGCAGCCCGCAACAUCCUCGUCAAUGGAAACCUGGUCUGCAAAGUGUCCGAUUUUGGCCUGUCACGAGUCCUGGAGAACAACCCGGAUGCUGCUUACACGACUUCGGGUGGGAAGAUCCCCAUUCGGUGGACAGCUCCAGAAGCCAUUACGUACCGAAAGUUCUCCUCUGCCAGUGAUGUGUGGAGCUUUGGCGUCGUCAUGUGGGAGGUGCUGGCCUAUGGGGAGAGGCCUUACUGGAACAUGACCAACCGGGAUGUCAUUCAAUCCGUGGAGGAAGGUUAUCGGCUACCUGCUCCCAUGGGCUGCCCUACAGCCAUCCACCAACUCAUGCUGGAUUGCUGGCAGAAGGACCGCAGCGACAGACCACGCUUCUCCCAGAUUGUGGGCGUCCUGGAUAAGCUUAUCCGCAUCCCACAGAACCUGAAGUGUACAUCUACUAUUAAUCGGUUCACCCAAACCAUCUCAGAGCGAGCUUGCAUUGAUUUCACCAGCUGCAAUUCCGUUGAAGACUGGCUGGACUCCAUUCGGCUGGGGAGAUACCAGGAGAACUUUGCCUUGGCUGGCUACACAUCCCUUGGGAUGGUGAUGCGGAUGAAUAUGGAAGAUGUGCAGAACUUGGGCAUCAGCCUCGUCGGACACCAGAGGAAAAUUCUGACCAGCAUCCAGAUCAUGAGGUCGCAGCUGCUCAGCACUAUGGGCUCCAGGAGACAUCUGUGAUGGCCCUUCCUUCUGAGCUCCAGAUGCUGGCUUCACCUUCUUUGGUAUUCAGCUGGUUCCCAUUGGCUAGCCAUACUGAAAAGAAGUCCUCCAAGAGUGGAAGCCAGGUGCCCACUCCUUUGUUGAUGGUGGAAGCCAUGGGAUUCCAGCUGGAUGGACAUGUAAAAUGGUCUGUGGCCUGGAGAAGGUGAGAAGGAACUUCACCAAAGUCCUCAAGUUCACCCUUGAGGAGGACUUCUGAGGUGCUGCAGUUUUCAUGAUGUAUAAGCCAGUUUGGCCAUGAUUUGCCAUUAAGGGAACUGAGGACCACAACCAGGCUCACCUCUGCCAUGCAUGACGGGCCUAACAUGUCUGGGAUGGAGAAGGACAAUCAGGGUUCUUAAGGCUCUUCAAGGGCUGGCCAUUUAAUUGCAAUAGAUGCUUGUGCUUUGACGGACACCCAAAACUAUCCUUCCUUGCGGGGAAAGGGGGCAUGGCCUGACCAGAACCCACGAGGGCAGAGAAUGUUGACUGCAGAUUCUUCUUCUGUUCCUGGGAACACUGCAGACUCCCUUGAAUGUGGAGAACAUCGCCAAAAGGAAGCAAAGCCAACCAGCCCACCAUCCCUAGACUCUACCAGAUGUUGACACCAAGAAACCUGAGGCGUGAGCCAUGAGCUCAGCAUUUCAGGCUGCAAACUCAGGUUUACUACCACCAUCCUCCUGAGAUACUCAGUCUGGGUGGCCAUAACAGGCAAAGGGCUUGGAAAAAUCCUGUCUGUUCUUCCACUGCUGCUCAAAGCCAAGAUCUUCACCUACCCAAUCUGUUUGCCACAUGCAAAGUUGCUGUCCUUCUAAAAUCAGAGUGGCAUACGUUUCCUUUCUCUGGCUUAGGGAGGCCAUAUUGCAAUCUUCCCGGCUUUGUAUAGUGGAUGGUAAUGGUUGAUGAGGAUUUCCAUGGGGAUCUGGCUUCAAACAUAAUAUAUGAGUCUGGGCGAUCCUGUUACUUUUCAGCAAUCAGUAUAUCCUCUGGUGGGCAGACGCUCUCUUGCAGGGGCCCUUUCCGCAUAAAUCACCUGAAAGGUUUUUAAACGUUUUUAGUUCCCCCGGCCCUUUACCAUGAUGUAUGUCCACAGCAUGGUAAAUAUUGCCACGAUAUUACCAUGGGAUUACCACGAUACCAUGGUGUUCGUGGCGGCCAUUAUGUUUCCCCCCCGUUUUUUGAGGUAGUGGUUGAAUCGAUGCUUCAAUGCUUCACAGCUUCUCACUGAAAUUCUCUACCUCAUACCUUGCUGCGAUUCUCACACAAAAUAACAAACAGAAACGGUGAAACUAAACAGGCAAGGGGGAAAAAUAGUGAGCUCAGAAAAUGGUGCUGAGGUAGAUCGGGGACAGCACAGAGGUGUGGGAAACGUCCUAAAUAGAUCUCACAGGUAACUGAAGACAUUUUGAAAAGGUUUCAACCAAAGAAUCAUUUGAAAAGGAGAUUCUUUUAAACCAUUUUGAGGCUAGAAAUAAAACAUUUUUGGGACGUAAGCAAGAAAAAAUGCAGAACCUCCAUGCAGGAAACGUUUUAUUUUUGCCUCAAAAUAUUUUAAAAGGUUUGUGUGGAAAGGGCCAGGAUGUUGUAUUCUCUUUUUGGGAGGGACUUAGCUGUCCCCAAAGGGCAAGGCACGGGACAGUUAGAGCAGGACAGAGACUCCGGCCUUCUCAUGCCCUUCCCUGUAAAUAGGAUUUUCUACCAUGGUUCAAAUUCAUUCUCAUUUAUUUUUUAGUUCGAUCAGCAAAAAUGGCCCCACAGCACAGCCUCCUCCCCAGCCCAGAAAGGGAAACAUUUGUGGGUCGAUCUUUUUAAAGUAUUCAGGGAGUUCCGUGGAAUAAGAAUAUGGCAUCCCAGAACAGGAUGAAGCCACAGCAUACUGGAAGAGCGCAUGAUGGACCCAACCUCGAGGUUCUAACUUGGAAGCUGGGUCUUCAGUGGUGUAGUGGUUAAGAGCAGAUGCACUCUAAUCUGGAGAACUGGGUUUUGAUUCCACACUUUGCCAC